AACACAGCAAGCGGUCAAACCACCUCGUCCGCCCCUCAUAAAAACCCACAAAAACAAACCCUUCCACCAAAUUUUCUUCUCCAAGCACCACCCCAAUCAAUGCUGCGUUUCUUUGCCACAAACGAUCAAGGUAAAACUUGAUUCUCGGCGCGUCCCAGACGCGCCGAGCCAACCAUGCAAAUGAGAAAUUCGGAGGAAUCUUCACCUAAACAAAGUAACCCGCUCUCUCUUUCCUCUCACAGGAAAAGCGAGCCGGUACUGCCCGCAAGGGCCUGGUGUGAAAAUCCAACCCAGCUUCGGCCGGGUCGCACAUCUGCAAUCGGCAUCAGAAACAUCGGGGCUGGAAUGGGGACGUUCACGCGUUCCCUCCAGGUUUUCCCCUUGGGAGAGUCGUUGCGAAGAUUGUGUGUGCGGGAAACCGUGCGACACUUUAGUGCAAUACGCAGCAUGCUGGUUUCUUCCCUUCCCUUUGGGGGAGGGGGGAGAACGGUAUCAUUCGAUUCCGAUUAUUCUGGUUGGGGUGGUGCUUCUUUUCCAUUUUUUUCAGGUCUUUGGGCCCGUUGUCUUUUCUUUUUUUUUAGGGAGUUGUUGUUGGGUGUCAGGGGUGGGUUUGAGAGUAUACUGGGGUUUAGGGUAGAUUUAUUGUUGGAAUGGAAUAAAUGGACAGCCUUGGAAACAUUUAUGUGUUUCUUGUAGACAUUGCAUAGCUCGUAAGAUGUAUCAAAC